ACAAAACCCUUUUUUUUUUAUUAUUAGAAUUUUUUUUCUUUUUUUUUUUUUUCUUCUUUUUUUUUGUCUUUUUUGAGAUAUUACUGUAGCAUAGAACAAUCGAAUAUCGUAUUAAACGUAUAUCAUUUUUUAUCCAUCGUUAAUACGUCAUUCUAUUAGAAUUGAUCAACAUAACCUUAAAAAAAAUCAUUACAAAUGUAUACAAUUACAUCAGUCUCUUUUUAAUUUGAUCUAUUCAAUAUACAAAGUCGAUCUUAAAUAAAUAAUUAUUGCCUUGUAUACAGUCAACCUGUAGAAAAAUAAUUUAAACAUCUAAUUAUUUUUGUUUCUUCCUCUUUGUUUUUUUUCCUCUUUCAUUUCAUGAUGAUUCAAUGUAAUAUAAAUUUAUUGUAAUAUUUAUUAUCAACGUAUCGACGAAAGAUUUACAUCGAUUAGAAGAAAAAUACGUAUACGUAUUUAAAAAAAAAAAAAAAAAAAAAAAAAAAAUGAUCACUGUCGUGGAUUUAGAAAAAGAUUGAAUAUUUAAUCCUUUUCUGAGAAAAAGAUUAAAUAUUGUAAAAAUGUCUCGAAAGUAUCAACAAAAACGUUGGAGCGAGCCUUUAUUGAGCAGACAUCAUUUUUCAUAUUUACCAGCGACCUCGGAGGACGACGACAUAGAUUUUAUUCAACAGCGUGUAACUUCUGGGGAGGAUUAUUCAAUGGACUGUUGUUUGUGUCAGGAUCAUUAUAAUAAGAAAAAAAAAUCGACCAAGUAUUUGAUCAACGACGAUAUCAAGAGAUCGAGUAGACUACGUUCACAAAGAACAAGAGAAAACAUGGAAUUAAGGUUGAUUGGAAGUCAGGUUGAGGAAGCCUUAGGCGAUGACAGGCAAGCAGUUUUGAUACAACAGUUGGAUCUUGUCAGCAAUGCACUUGAGGCAUUGAUCCAUUUCGUACAAUCCUUACAAGUAACCAAUCUAGCUGUUCAAAGGACCAUAGACAUUGGACAUUUGUUAAUUAAUAAUCGUUCAUCAUUGACCGAUAAUUCAACGAGUUUAAAAUUUUUAACAGGACAUAUACAACAGGUAGAAAAUUUAACAGCGAAUGAUUUAUAUAUUAAUAUUUAUUCUUAUAACGAUUGGAUUUAUCAGAUAGAGAAUAAAAAGAAAUUUCGUUCGUCAUUCUUACAAGAUUUAAAGGAACACUGUUUGAAGAGUAUGACCAUGUCCAAACAAUUACGUAUUUUAUUGGAGGAACAUAAAUCAAGGAAAGAAGAUUUUUCGAUUGCUGCGAAAAAUUUUCAAAAUUUUCUUAACAAAUCUAAAUUGUCAUCGUCGCAAUUAGAAAAAUUACGUCGACAGUAUGAUAUUAUCUUGGAGGAUUAUCAAGAGAGUAAACAAAUUUUGGACAAGAUUGGUAACAUUGCACGAAGGUUUUGGAAGGAUAAUCGAAUUUUUUAAAGAUUUCGAUUAUUACAAAGAAAUUUCGGAAAUAUUUAAACAAUUAAGAGAGAAUUUGUACAUCGAGGAUUUCGGUAAUUAAUGGAAACCAAAAAGAAGUAAUAAUAAUUAAUUUCUUAAUCCUAAUCUUAAUUUUCUAUUUCUCGAUACAGUAAAAGAACACAGCAUUGCCGUCGAAAUACCGGGAAACGUGGAAACGUGUCAAUUGUGUCAAACGACAAAUCGAGUCGAUAAGAAAUAAUAAUAAGAAUAAUAAUAACAAUCGCGAAUAAAAGUGUUUUCAUCAUUGAAAAAUGUAUGUUGGUAGAUUAGAUAUACAACGAAUUAUAGACGAUUUGUGGGAAAUCUUAUAAGUUUAAUCCUCUUACAAGACCGUGUCAAGGUUUGUCCAUGCCACUGAUCAUCUUGUAAACUUAAAGGAUCUCGCGAUCCAUCGGUGCAGAAAAAAAGAAAAAAGAAAAAAAAAAGAAAGGAAAAGAGAAAAAAAAUGACAAGAUAUAAUCGGCUUUCGAACGAGAAAAUAAAAUCGAUUUGUAUUACAACGAGAUUAGUAGUAAUAUUUGUCAAAAGCUAGUAAAAAUAAAAUGAUGAAUAAAAGUUCUAUUUUACGUAAGAAAAAAAAGAAAGAAAAAAAAGAGAGAAAAUAAAAAUAUACAGUAAACAAACGAAUCGUUUAAGUCACUUGACAAACAUGCAUCGUCGUAUUCUUUUCAAUCAAAUGGCGGCCAGCGAGUGAUGACGGCAACAUGGCGGCGUGCGUGCGCAUAACAAGAUGGAGCGACCAAUAGAAAUGCAGAUAUAAAUAGCGAAUCGUUUUCCACGACAGUCCACGCGUUUGGAAUGAUUCGAAUCAUCGAUGGACUUGGAGAAAUGAUUGGAAUAGUUCGUAAAAAAGGAAAAGAAAAAAAAAGCAAAAAGAAAGAUAUAAAACAAAAAGAAUGAAAGACAAUAAAACAAAUACAGGAAAAAGUUACUUGAACGGUUUGACAAAUGAAAGAUAUAAAUAAUAUCGUUUUUAAAAUAGAUUAAAGAAAAUACAAAGGUGAAAUGUUAAAAGUGUAAUAAAUAAAUAUUAGGGGAGGAAGGAUUUGAAAAAUAA